GCAGCCGGUCGUGGCAUCGCCAUUACAUUUACAUGCACGCGUCUAGCUAGCUCAUCUCCUAGCUCUAGGCUGCGAGAAACAGAGGAGGAGGAGCAGGAGAAGCGCACCGGCUCCAACAGGAUCUUUGUGCUCCGAGGAAGCGACGAGCGCAGAGCAGAGCAAAGUCGGAGACCCUCUGGGCCUGUCGUUUCACCGCCGGCCUCGCGUCGCGUGAUCGGUCGAUGCGUGGGGCUCGGCGGCAGCGGCGCAGGCCGCGGGAGCGCGACGUGGCGGCCUGGCCCUUCUUCCUCGCCUGCUGCCUCCUUGCGCUCGCCGUGUCCAGAGCCGAGGAGCCGCGCGCAUCGCCGGUGAGAGGGAGAGGAGGAGGAGGGGAGGAUCAGCGGCUGAGCAGGGUGGGGUCGAGGCCGCCGUGCUGCGUGUGCGAGCGGAGGUGCGGCGGCUGCGCGCCGUGCACGGCCGUGCAGGUGCGCGCCGGAGUUCGGCCGCUGUGCGCCAACUACGAGCCCGUCAGGUGGAAGUGCAAGUGCGGCGACGCCGUCUUCGACCCAUGACUCGUCUCCAAGAGAUAAUUCAGAUGAAUGCGUGAACUGCAGCCUGCAGGGCAAAGCGGCGGCGGUCGAUAAUUCAGGUGAUGCCGUUCGCCAGCGCCAUGCAAUAUACCAUUACAGUAAGUGGAAAUAAAGUCUGCAUUGCAUGCAUGGCUGCUACUAGGAGUAAAUAGUAGUAGUAAUUCCUUUUCUCGGCCUUGAUUUCCUAUAAAUCUUGAAGAAGAGAAGAAAGAACAAUCUGUAUUUAUAUGCUCGUAUUAUGUUUAUGUCGUUGAUCGGA